AUGCAGAAGAUUGCAAUGCUGUUUGUUCUCAUAGCGAUGACAUUAGUUCAGCAAGCUACCGCUUGCGGCAAUUCCCGCUGUUGCAAUGCCCAACCGUGCGGACCACAGGUACAGUGCUGCUGCGUGCAACCACAGCCAGCUUGUGUUCCACUCUUGCGUCAGGGUCAAUGUUGUGGCGAUUGCUGUUGUCCUCAAGGUUUUGGAGAUAGCGGUGGUCAACCUCCUCUUUCUGGCGGGUACGCUUUCCCAAGCCCUAUUGGUGGAAGUUAUCAAGUACCAGCAGGUGGUGGUUAUGCAACUGGAUAA